AUGGAGCUGGGCCCGGAGCAGUGGGAUCCUAGUCCAACUGCCGAUACUAGCUUCACAUUCCUCACCGUCGAGCCACAGAAUGGCAACGAGAGGCCGCGACUGAGCGCUGGAGUGCGCAAGCAGAUGAAGAGUCACUUGACACUUUUGCAGCACAAGCGUGGCCGACAACAAAGGGCGGCGAAGAUCUCGGGAUGGCUGAAAAGCUCGCUUGGUCGUCAAAAUGAAGGCAGUGAUGAAGGAAAAAGAGAAGGGAGCGGGCCAAGUUCGUUAUGCAUAUCAAGGGCAGGACAGGGACGCGGACUGGCCGAGUGUAAGGAUAAGCCUGGAUAUGCGGCGGCUUCCUCAAAGAGGCAGAGAACGAAUAGUUCCGGAGCAGCCUUGCAACCUCCCACAGGCGUUCUUGAGCAGUCCUUCUCGCGUGGAUCAAUGGCGUUCAGAACCUUCUGUCUUGACGACCCCAGCAACAUCAUUGGGUCGAGUUUGAGCCGUCUCCAACUGGACGUGUCGUCAGUACUGCAUUUUUAUCACGUCAUUGUCGACUUCCAAUCCAAGGACUUUGCAGAACAAUUCAAGGUCGAGCAUGCGGCCGCCUUCAGCAGCUUUCUGGAUGUCGUACUGCGAGAUUCCAUCCCUCUAACGAUAGCAAUACUGGUCGCAGUAAGGCAUCUAGUAUUGAUGAAGGGAUCAGCCCCAAGUUCCAGAGAUCUGUACCUGGAGAAAGUGAUGCGCGGAUACCUUGUCAACUGCGUGAACGCUGCGCUGAAUGAUCCACAUCGCUCUACUUCAGACCCUAUGCUUGCUGCUGUGGGUAUGUUUGCAAUCUACGAGGUCAAAUAUGGCAAUCUCGAAGCAUACCACGUCCACAUGUCCGGCCUUCAACAGAUGGUCAGGCUCCGGGGUGGUAUCGCAGAGGUCAGCCGACAAUCACCAUUCGUUGGCGGCUUCAUAUUCUGGCUGGACAAGAACUCUUCCGCUUUGGCAAACUGUGUCGCUUACUUUGGAGAGUCACAGAAGAGUUGUUUCAAAGCGGAUCCGAACAUGUUCACUCUGCUGGAGAUUCAUUCCAAGCACGAUGGCCACCCUACUUGA